CAAACCCCAGAGCGGAUGGAGUCAGAGUCCGAAAACAAGCUAGAUGGAGAGACAGCAUCGGACAGCGAAAGCAAAUCCGAGUUUGGAGGAUCGCCUCCGGUGCCGACAUCCGAUGACACUCCAGAGGUCCUGAACAGAGCUCUCUCCAACCUGUCCUCAAGAUGGAAGAACUGGUGGGUAAGAGGCAUCCUCACGCUGGCAAUGAUCACCUUCUUCUUCAUCAUCAUCUAUUUGGGACCCAUGGUCUUAAUGAUGAUAGUAAUGUGCGUCCAGAUCAAAUGUUUUCACGAGAUUAUCACUAUCGGCUAUAACGUAUAUCACUCAUAUGACCUGCCCUGGUUCAGGACGCUCAGUUGGUACUUCCUGCUCUGCGUAAACUACUUUUUCUAUGGCGAGACUGUAACAGAUUAUUUCUUCACCCUGGUUCAAAGAGAGGAGCCCUUGCGAAUUCUCAGCAAAUACCACCGCUUCAUUUCUUUUGCCCUGUACUUAACAGGUUUCUGCAUGUUUGUCUUGAGCCUGGUGAAGAAACACUAUCGCCUCCAGUUCUACAUGUUUGGGUGGACCCACGUGACGUUGCUAAUUGUUGUUACCCAGUCGCACCUCAUCAUUCACAACCUCUUUGAAGGAAUGAUAUGGUUCAUUGUCCCAAUUUCCUGUGUGAUCUGCAACGACAUCAUGGCGUACAUGUUCGGGUUCUUCUUUGGCCGCACUCCGCUCAUCAAGCUCUCCCCAAAGAAGACCUGGGAGGGUUUUAUUGGAGGUUUUUUUGCCACCGUUUUGUUUGGAUUGCUGCUGUCUUACGUGAUGUCUGGGUACCGGUGCUUCACCUGUCCAGUGGAAUUCAACAAUGACACCAACAGCUUCACAGUGGACUGUGAGCCAUCCGAGCUGUUCCAGCUACAGGAAUACAACAUCCCCGUGGUGCUGCAGUCUAUCGUUGGCUGGAAGACAGUCCGGAUGUACCCCUUCCAAAUCCACAGCAUCGCACUGUCUACUUUUGCCUCCCUCAUUGGGCCGUUUGGAGGCUUCUUUGCUAGUGGAUUUAAGAGAGCCUUCAAAAUCAAGGACUUUGCCAACACAAUCCCAGGCCACGGAGGUAUCAUGGACCGCUUUGACUGUCAGUACCUGAUGGCCACCUUUGUUAACGUGUACAUCGCAAGCUUUAUCAGAGGUCCUAACCCAAGCAAACUGAUCCAGCAGUUCUUAACCUUGCGGCCAGACCAGCAGCUCCACAUCUUCAACACGCUAAAAGCGCACCUUGUCGACAAGGGUAUGUUAGCUAGUUUGGAGGACGCAUAGACAUCCGGGCAAUUGGAACAGAACUGAAAAACAGACAAGUCUCCCCAAGGCAAUUCCUGGCUUGCCUGAUUUAAGACAAUAACAAGGCCUCAUUUCACUGUAACUUUUCUUCCUUUCUUGGUAAAUGUUUGAAUUGUGGGUUUUUUUUUUAAUAAUAUAUUUAUAUAGCUUUGGUUAAAAUGAGCAAAUCUGAGUUUGUAGCUGGAAAGGAGUUAAGGCUUGGAAGGACUGUUAGGUGAAAUAGGAGGGUGCAGCUGUUCUCGUGGAUCUGUUCUUACGUUCGAUGCCUGUGGGCAGAGCUUAACUUUCCCUUUGAGUGUUGUUUAUGCAGGGAACACACAAAGCGUUGUCUGUGCGACAUCCUCUGCGUGCGUCGGAGCCAACAGGGAAAGCGAAGCCUCGCAGCUCCCCGGCUUCUUUCCUCCUCCCCGUCUCCCCUGGUAGCUGUGCCCGACGGGACCGCUGGGGACCCUAAUUCUCUGCUGGUGGUAACUGUGAAUACACAUGUUGAUUUUCCCAGAAAGCCUAAGGCUCGAUUAAUUGGAAGAGGCCCGUGUGCUGGCCCAGCCGCAGUUUCCCUGCCAAACCAGGCACGGGCAUCUAUUUUGGCUUGCCUUUUUUUGCAGUGCCUCCCACGUUUGUCCUUUGUGGCAGGUGUUUUGGCAAAUAAGACCUUUUCUAACCAAAUAAACCACAAAUAGACUACAGUGAAGGCUUUGAUUCCUUUGCGCAAGGAAUCAAGAAACUGGUAGCUGCUGUAGGAACGUGGGAGGUUCCAGUUGCUUCAAAAUUGAGUCAGGUAAAUAAGUAUUUGUAAAGACCAUUAACCUUUCACUGAGAAAAUCCUACCAAGCAAGAACAACCUUUUAAAUAACUUGGCUCAUUUUUUUUUCUCCUCACGUGACCUUUAAGAAAGAAACGUUGAACCUCUGCUCUGCUUCUUGAUGGGUGGAAACCCUUCACCGGGAUGUUUUUAACUCACGUGGCGAGCCGUUUCCAACGUGGUGUCUUUUCUGAUAUGUGCAAGUUGGGGCUCCGGCACCCCGCUGGUGCUGUCCGUGGGAGUUGGUGGUUUUUUUUUUUCUUUCAGGGAUCAUGUCUCUCACCUGUUUGUUACUUGAGUUCUAGAUGUCGUGCUGCUGAGUUUAUCAUGGUGUGUGUUGCAUUUCAGUCUGGCUUUGGUUACCUGCAGGCUUCUGUCCUGCUUUGCUUACUAAAUGCUGUCAUAAAUAGGGUGCACUUAAUAGUUGCGAGUUUUAGCCGAGGACUUUCCUUUCUUUUGUCGUACUUUUUUAUUAUUUAAAAAAGAGAGCCCUAAAGAUUGUAAAACUUUAUUAUUUUUUUUUUUUGGUGAUCAGAUAGUGAAAAUAUCCCCAGUUUAUACUAGCUCUUAUCCCAUGUGCAAGGUGACGCCGAUUUUACUUCUUUCCAGAGUUUGUGCAUGAGAGAGAGAAACUUUACCUUUAUUUUAACCUGGCGAACGAGCGACAGGGAAAGAUAAUACAGAAGUACAGUGUUGUUUCCAAGCAGUUGCUGACAUAAACCCUUUACACACGCACACUCCCCCCCGCUGAGACACGUACACCCCGCGCGCUAGCUAACCGU